AUGGCAUCCAUGCCAUUGCCUAGUUACUCGCAAGAAAUUACCAGCAUUCGCCUCACUGACUCUGAAAUAUGCAGCCGGCAAAUCAAUUGUCAUAAUCUUCAGCGUGCCAUCGAAGCUCUUCACCAGGAUGGUGUUGUUGUCGUGGAAAACGCAAUUCCUCCUUCCUACUUGGACGAGCUCAACACUCUCAUGACUCCUGACGCUCACACACUCUACGAGAAAAGAUCUACGCACCGGAACUUUGGGCCCGAAACGGGGAACAUCCAGCAAGAAGUUCCCGUACGAAAGGCCAUUGACCGUUAUCGCGAGCAGAUACCCGAUGCCGAGGAUGGCGAACAUAAGGCGCAGAAUCCCUUAUCGAUGGUCAUCGCAAACCCCUUCGCCACCGCUAUCAUCGAGUGCAUGCUCGGCCCCAAGCCACAGCUUCGAUUCCUCAGUGCAAACACGGCCUUCAGGACCAAAGAGGCAGGUCGUCAGCCGCCGCAUAUCGACGUCGCGUUUGACUUUCCCCGCGUUCCGUUCGGCUUCUGCGUGAAUGUAAAUCUGGUUGAAACGGCAGCUACGAACGGCGCGACUGAGCUCUGGCCUGGAACGCACACUGGCACUGAUGUGUCGGUGCUGAUGCCUGAUAAUGGUGGAGUGAUUCGGAAGGAGCUGGUGGAGGCUCGACGCAAACUCUGUCCGCCGGUGCAGCCUGCAUUACCCAAGGGAUCCAUAAUCAUUCGAGAUUUUAGAUUGUGGCAUGCUGGGAUGCCGAAUCGAACGGAUGAGCCGCGGGUUAUGCUUGUCACUGUGUUGUUUGCACGCUGGUAUAGGAGUGAGCUGGAGAUGAGACUCCCGGAAAGUUGUAGAGGUGAGAUUGAGUGGGGAGAUCUAGAACCAUUUGUGGACUGGAUGGGAGAGGGUUAUGAUUAUUUGCAGGGUUCUCAUGAUCAUGAUUUUGUUCUCCUGCCAUAA